AUUCCGGGCGACCAAGUCAACUACUGUUCAACCCAGCAACUCCCACCGUCGACAACCCGGAACAGUCACAUUUCCAAUUUCUUUUCCAAAAUCUUCGUCACAGCAGCCAAUAUGUCGGCGACUUUGGACUCAAAGUCUGUUGGCCAGACGAAGAAGUUUGGAAAGGGCGAGAGAGUGAUCCCACACCCCAGCCAAAAGGCACAGAAGUGGUAUCCUGCGGAUGAUGAGCCCCAACCGAAGAAAGCUCGCAAGACUGCCCAUCCUACCAAGCUCCGCCCGAGCCUCCAGCCGGGAACCAUCCUCAUCCUCCUCGCUGGCCGUUUCCGUGGAAAGCGGGUUAUCCUGCUCAAGCACCUUGGCCAGGGUGUCCUCCUUGUUACCGGUCCCUUCAAGCUUAACGGUGUUCCUCUCCGACGAGUAAACGCCAGAUAUGUCAUCGCCACCAGCUCGACUGUCGACUUGAACGGUGUGGACCAGAAAACGUUGGAAAAGGUUUCGCAGCCCGAGUACUUCACUCGCGAGAAGGCCGAGCAGAAGAAGGGUGAAGAAGCUUUCUUCAAGCAGGGAGAGAAGCCAGAGAAGAAGAAGGUCGCCAGCGCACGCGCCGCCGACCAGAAGGCCAUAGAUCAGGCUCUUUUGGCCACCAUCAAGAAAGAGCCAUUCCUCGGCAGUUACCUUGCCUCCACUUUCAGCCUGCGGACAGGUGACAAGCCUCAUGAAAUGAAAUGGUAGAUGCGGGUUGAGGAGCUACGGUUUAAUGUCCUUUUUCUGUUUGUAUGCGAGAGAGGGAAAUUUGCAAAACGUCAUUAAACAUAUGUACACUUAUGCAAUUGCCAUAGGUGAUUUUUACUUCGAAACACCUUCUAUUGCAGAAAGCAAAUAGUAACCUCGAAAAUUGCAAUACAAAUAUUCACCUUCAGACCGGUGUGCCAUGCAUGCGCUUUCGAAUUGCCGCGCAACUCCAUCUUGAAAACAUAGCAUACUUUGGUGCUGAACUCAUCGAACCGACCGACGCGACGCCUUUUCCCAUAUUGGAUAUCUAACCCUUCCCACCUACAGAAUGACUAAUAUUUCACAAUUCCGCAGAGAUAUACAUCACCAUAAAUAUCUGGAAGCAUCCACCCAAAAUACUAGCAGACCUUAGGAGUCAGUCCUCUUUCUCGACUGCCUCUUUAGACCUCUUCGUCUCUUCCUUGAUCUCUCCAUAAGUUUCUCUGCCAGCUCAUCAACAUCAAACUCCUCCGUAUCCUCGAGGCUGUCAUCGGCAACGCUAUCACCGAUCGAGCUUCCAAAAAUCCAGUCCAUAAUUCCCCAUGGUGAGUAGUUUCCAUUACCACUAUUCGUCAGGUGCAUCUCGACCCGUUUCGCGAUUCCUCCGAUAAAGAAACUUGUAGGCAUGGCCUUGUAUCCAGAGUAUGCAAACGUCUCUUCCAAGGAGAUCAACGAAAGAUAUAGGAUAAAGGACAGUAAAUGAAAACGGAAGAUGGCCGCCGGGAGAAACAUCGGAAGGAAUCUUAGAAGAAGGUAUGGGAUCGGAUGGUCGUAAUGAGCGGUUAGAGGGUAAGGUGUAUGCAGCGCAUGGUACCAUG